AGGGCGUAUUGUCUAAUAGGAAAAUCAUGCAGCAUGGAAGAUAAGUGUACACAGGAUUUAUAGUGUGAUGAGUCAUACGGACAUUCAGAUGUGUUUUCCUUGAAGCAUUGAUGUCGUGAUAACACAAGGAGUAAUCGGCAUGGAAGGAACCACGAGACGGAUUGUGCGCAUUGGCAUUGAUGGGUUGUGCCUUCUUACAAUCUGUGUGCCAACGAUAGUGUUCAAAUACGGUAGUAUCCAACCUUACCGACGGGGCUUCUACUGUAAUGAUGAAAGCCUAAACAAGCCAUACAAGGCAUCCACUGUUGGCUGGAAUGAUACUCUAAUCACAUGUGUUGUAUUGGUCACGCUCAUGAUUCUUCUUGUCGAGCUUCUCCAAUACUUCACGGCAAAAAACAGAGAUCUUCUCCCCGGUUACCCAAUCGGCUCAGUUUUCUUCAACGACUUCUUCGUGAAAGUCUACAAAUACAUAGGCAUCUAUUUCUUCGGGUUAGCCUUCUGUAUGUCCUUCACAGAUAUCGGAAAGUUUACCAUAGGGCGCCUGAGGCCACAUUUCCUGACGGUAUGUUUGCCUAAUCAAACUGGUUGGGACACUGUGCUGAACUGUACGGGCCCGAUUCCCGGGACUUGGCGGUACAUUGAAGACGAUGUCUGUACCGGGGACCCAGCGACUGUUUGGGAAGCAAGACAAUCGUUCCCAUCAGGCCACAGCGCCAUCACUUGGUUUGCUAUGCUGUAUUGUGCGAUCUACCUGCAGGUCCGGAUGACGUGGAAAUUUAGCGUCCUCCUGCGUCACCUUCUGCAGGCCUGUCUCCUCUGGAUGGCUUUCUUUACCUCCCUAUCAAGGGUGUCGGACUAUAAACACCACCCUACCGACGUCCUUGCUGGGGCUGCGCUUGGCAUCCUCGGAACCAUAUUCACGAUUCACUGGGUCCCGGAUUUAUUCGGUCUACCGGUGCGCCAAGAUGAUGAGUACGUUACGACUAACAAAAACGGAAACCGAAAGAUUUCUGCCAUCGUUCACGUUCCUGCCAAGAAGCUCAGCCGGGUGAGUCGGGAUGGCUUUAGUAUGCAUGUGGGAGAGGCUGAGCCGAAAACAGAACUGGAUGACGUCUAGUAGGCCCUGCUCCAAGAUUCAGCGCGCUGAAUUCAAGAUUUCGCUUUGUGUACCAUUUGCCGAACCAAAUAAUGCAAACCAAUUCCGCACUCUAUAUUUCUUGGCCCAAUAUUGUCCAGGUACUUCAGCUGUCUUCCUAUCAUAUAAAAUUCGCGUCGGAGAGUUGAUAUCGUGAUUAUAAGGACUCCUAAAUUGCGGUGAUUAUGAUGGUUGUAACAGCACCGAAAGCUGCACACUGACACCGCAUGCAACAUAUCCAUAAUCUGCACUUUUGUGUGCAAUCGUGAUGAAGAAGGGGAGGGGCUAACUCUAAAUUAUGUAAUUGAGACAUUUAAGUCCUUUUAAGAAUGUACAAAUGUCAACUAUAAGAUGUACGUACCAUAUUAAAUGCAAAGAGACAUUUAUAAGUACAUGUACUAUCAGUAUCACGCAAUAUGCAAUAAUCAAUAUCAUAGUAACCAA